CAUGUUUCACUUAACCCUUGAAGCCUUUGCCAAAUGGAACAUUUUUAAUUUCAGCACUGUUACAUCGUUAAUCAGUUUCACUGGAACAGAAAUAUGCAGAUGAGAUGCUAAGAAAUUUUAGUGUCAGACCAUCAAUACAAAAAUACUGUUACACAUUAAAAGUCCACCAGGUAUGAGUAACUUUUCAACUUCAAGGGUAUGUGAGAAUCAGGUGAGUGACACAGUAUAAUGGAGGCAGUAACCAUACAUGAAAUCAGUAUGCAGUAUAUUCCAUUAAAGUGAUGUAAACAAAGAAGAAUUUUCAUAUUUCCUAGAGUAUGAAUUUAUGCAACUGUAAAAUGUCAGUUAACAAUGCUGUGCAACAUAGGUACAACGGCAACUUUGGCAUGGGACAUAUUCAAGUCAGCACUGAGAAAUGCCUGACUUGUCCUCUCUAAUAAUCAGUUAAUCCCUGGGAUAAAUUUUCUUUUCUUUUUUUGGACUGUGGCUGGCUGGCUGGUCAUAUCCCCCACAUAGAGAAUUUCUCCCUUCUGAGGUCUCACUGAACAAUCGACUACUGUUUCAAAAAACCUGUUCCAUCAGUGAAGUAUUAAUAAUAAUUUUAGUCACCUUGGACCCCUGUUCCUUCCAAUGGACCCACUUUAGAGGCCUACCUCCUGUCAUGCCUCCUCAAUCGCAUGUAGACAGAAUAUCAGGCAGUCCUAUGGAAAGCUGUUCCAUAGGAAAAUUCCAUUUUAACAGGUUAUAAUACAAAUUCUUGAUAUGAAGAAUUUAGUUUUAGUGACUACCAGAAUAUUACUUGUUUUCUUUCUCUCUCUCUGUCCCCCCUCCCUUUCAUGAACACUAAAGGAAUGCAUUUGGGGAAAUUAAGGGCAGGCCAGUGGACUCUCAAAUGUGUACAAUGCCCUAGAAUUUUUAUUACUUUAUUGCCAGAUUGAUUGUAACCCUCAUUGAAUGUUUUAGUCUGAUUAAGUUGCAUUUUGUGUCUUAAGUUCAUUCUCAAUACACAUUCCCACACAUAUACAUGUAAUGUGCAAUUUUGAGUGUUCCUGGACUUUCACCAUUGCUGAAGACUGGUGAAGCCACAACAGCCACAAGUUAAAAUAGACAAACAGCAACUGGAAGAUCAGGCCAUGGGCCUACCAGGCAGAGGGGUCAAACGUACAGGCAGAUUACCCCCCCGGAAUACGUACAGAAUCAUUUGGUUAUGUACUGUGUCAGUGAGCAUGUUCAUGUUUGUUUGCCGUAGCAAGCAUGUGAUCCUGUGUUCAGCUAUAGGUAAUUCAUGUUUUCAUAUUUUCUGUCAUUAACUUAACUGGUGAAUAUGUUUAUUAAUAAAUCCUCAUAUUUCUGUUCCAUCUCCAUCUUCCUUCCUAACACUUUUGCAGCCUCACAAAUACUUUGUUCACAGCUUAUAAGAACCCAUUAAAAGCUGGUGCAUACUAUCUGUGGGCAGUAUCCCAGGUGUAAGAGCCACAAUCUGACCUGUUGGCCUAAAGGCUGUGAGCAAACUCCAUUCUCACGUUGGGGGCUUACGUUGGGCAAUGCGUAAAAGGUGACUAAAGGUGAAGUUAAAAAGGAAUUGCGCAAGCCAGGAGUCAUGCAUGUUGACUUUCCAGCCGGUGAACUCCGCACAGAGGGCGCUAAUGGUGUGGCUGGGCGCUGGUCACUUGGAAAUGCUCACCGUCCCUGCAGAACGCACCAACCGUUCGCCUCCACUUCCAGCCCCAUGGCCAGCAGCCCCGCGGACCCCCAGCAGCCCUUCUCCCUGGAGCGCUACCACGUCUCCGAGGAGUACGGAUUCAUUCUGCAGGAGCCCCUGACUGAGCUACCCCCGUACUACCAGACAUGGAUGGACAUCGCCCGACGCGUCACAGACCUUGUCCAAUCCCACACGCUCCGUACCCACAUCCAUCAGAUGCCCCAGCUGGACCCCAGUUUCCUGCAGAGCCACAGGGAGCUGCGUCUGGCCCACCUGGCGCUCAGUAUAAUGACCAUGGGCUACGUGUGGCAGGAGGGAGAAAAAGGGACCGUCAAGGUGUUGCCCCGAAACCUGGCUGUCCCGUUCUGGGAGGUGUCCCAGCGGCUGGGGCUUCCUCCAAUCCUGACCCACGCUGAUGGAGUGCUGGCCAACUGGAGGAAGAGGGACCCUGAGGGCCCCUUUGACAUGGAGAAUCUGGAGCUGUUGCUCACCCUGCCAGGGGGCGAGAGCUUUCGCGGGUUCUUCAUCGUCACCCUGAUGGUGGAGAAGGCCGCUGUGCCAGCCGUGAAGGCCAUCCCCAUGGUGAUAAACGGAGUGCGCCGCGGAGACGCCAGCACGGUGACCAGGGCACUGGAGGACAUCGCCCAAUCCAUGAGCAGCAUGACGGAGGCAAUCAAACUGUUGCACAAGUACGUCGACCCAGCCAUUUUCUAUGGCAUCAUGCGCAUCUUUCUUUCAGGGUGGAAAGACAAUCCCUCCAUGGUGGAGGGGCUGGUGUAUGAGGGGGUGCAAGCAGAGCCCGUGCAGAUUUCGGGAGGGAGCGCGGCAGAGAGCAGCCUCCUGCACUGCUUCGACGAGCUGCUGGGAGUGUCGCACGAGCCCCAGAGCGGGGCCUUCCUCAAACGCAUGAGGGACUACAUGCCCCCCGACCACAAGCGGCUGAUCCAGGACAUCUCGUCGGGCCCGUCCCUGCGGCGGUACGUCCUGGACGGGGACAGCGCCCCGCUGAACGCCGCGUACCAGCGAUGCGUGACCCAGCUGGUGGCGAUGCGCAGCUACCACCUCAACGUCGUCAGCCGCUUCGUCACCGUGCCGGCGGCCCGCGCCCGCCAGCUCCGCGCCCGGGGGGAGGGGGGCGAGGGGGGCGCCCUCACCAAGGCCCCCACCGCCCUGGAGGAGAGGGGCACGGGGGGCUCUGGGAUCAUGUCCUUCCUCAAGACCGUCCGGGACCGGACCAAGGUGGUGUCCCUGCCACCCCCCAAAGCAGACUCUCAGUCGAAUAACUGAAUCCCCCCACACCCCCUGGCCCAAUGCCCCCCCCCACCCCAUACCCAGGACACGUUCUUUACCUCAGCCAUGGAAAGAUCCGGAACCUGCAACUACAACAAACCUGGCAACGUGCAAUUGAAAGAAAAACAAAGAGAGAGCGGCAGACCUUGCUUGAGUGCAAUCUGAUUUUUUAAUUAAAGUCAGCAAAGAGUUUCUGCUCUCUGCAUUCCAAAAUGAA